AUGAAGGUGGCCAUCGACUUUCUAGCAGCCAAGCUGGUCUGCUGUCUCAGCUGGCUGCUCUACCCGGUCCAGUAUGUCCUUACGGCGCUCUUCCAGUCGUCCCUGCUGCUCAUCGACGGCAUGAUCUUCGACGGCAGCCACAGCGGCAGCGGGCGGAAGACCGGCGGCAGCCGUGACGAAAAGACGGCGCUGGACGCAGAUUCCCUGUUCCCCCCAACGAUCAAGUUCAUCAAGAACCUCACCGCCCUGGACGCGAGGACCUCCCGGUCCGCCAGAGGCGGUAGAAAAAACGCCGACGAGGAGGAGCAGAGACAGGAGGCCGCUCCAGCCACGGCCAAGCAGUGCAGCACGGCCAGCGGCUCGGUGUUCCUGCCUCUGACGAACGCCAGGGGCGAGCUCGAGUUCCAGUUGGGCCAUGCCGCCGCAGAGGGCGCUACCCCGCUCUACCACAGCGUCCAGCAGCUGACCCCGAACUCGGACUCGGUUUCCCCCAACUCGAGCUCGGGCGACAGCGUCCACGCCCACGGCAAGGCCAAGGCCAACCCGGCCGGCGUGGCCUUCAAAAGCGAGUUCAAUAACUUGUCGCCGGUCUCGUCGAUCAAGUCUAACAACUCCCAGGAGAGCCUGAACGCCGCCGCCAACUCCAGCGACGCCUGCGUGAAGGACAGCCUCUCUGACGAGGACGACUGCGACGACCUCGAGGACGACGUUCCAGACUCGGAGAAGAUCCACCAGUGCCCGCACUGCGACUCGAAGUUCCGCAUCCGUGGAUACCUCACCCGCCACAUGAAAAAGCACUCCAAGACCAAGGCGUACCACUGCCCCUUCUACGACGACUCCACCGAGUCCCGUUGCCACCAGACAGGCGGCUUCUCCAGGAGGGACACUUUCAAGACGCACUUGAAGGCCAGACACUUUCGCUACCCACCUGGCGUGAAGUCGAACAAGAGAACAGGCAUGAUGGGCUGGUGCGGCAUCUGCGGCGAGAAGUUUCUCAACAACGAGAUCUGGGUCGAACGCCACAUAGAGAUGGGUCUUUGCCCAGGCUUGACCGACGACUACAUCAAGACGUUGAAGAUUGGCAAGAAGAAGACGGGCAAACACUCGAAGUUCCUUGACGUUGACAACCACGAGAACAUUUACAACAACAACAACAACAGCAGUAGCAGCAACAUUCUUAACCACAACAGCCAAAACAACCACUACCUUCUUCACCAACAUCUUCACACCCGAAACGCUUCCCCAGAGAACAUCUACGGCAGCACCACCGCUAGCGCCAUCGCCACCAACGCAGCACUGCCCUCCAACAGCACUGCCGGAUUCUACAUGCAGAGCCCUUCGAGCGUCAACUCGUCCCCGUCUCCCUUCCUGUCAAACCCUUCGUUGCACAAGCAAGCCACGCUCGCACACCUACAACCUACAUCGCAUCCACUAUUCAACUCCAUCUCCGACACGGAGAACCACCACACGGACAGCACGGCGGACGACCUUGAGACGCUAGAGUUGUUGCUCAAGCAGCAGGAGUUGACCAGAAUCAUAUCCUCCUUGAAGCAGAAGCAGGAGGAGGCCCAGAACAUGCAGCAGUUGCAGAGCCUCCAGCAGCUGCAGCAGUUUCAACAGCAGCAGAGCAUCCAGCAGCUACAACAGCUGCAACAGCUACAGCAGCAGCAGCAGCAGCAGCAGCAGAUGCACGUGCAGCACGUGCAGGCGCCGGCCACCAGCAACACCGACAGUUCUCCGGCAAGCAUCGUCAGCCCUGCCACACCUAUGCGACUCUCGCAGUACAGCCAGGGUCAGCCCGCCGAAUCAGCCUACAGCUCCAACGCCAACGCCAACGCCAACAUCACAACUAACCAGCUCCAGCACUUCCUGCUCCAGCAGCUGCAGCUGCAGCAGCUGGACCUGCCGGUGCUCAAGGACGAGUACGAAGACGAGUACCCUUCUUUGGACGGCGAGUUCAGCAACCCCUCGGACCUUAUUCGUGCUGGCGGCAACCUUUAA